GCUGAUGUCGGUAAAUAAAUGCCUCCGCUGUGCUUGUCAGGAAGUGUACCGAUGUUGUUGUACAGAACUGGAAAAUGAGGAGCCCAAACACUCUCACACCAAGCUGCCGGGGAAACAAACUGGGCUUUUGAUGAAAAUUACAUGUGGAGAUGGAAAGUCACGGAAGAGCUCGGCCAUGGGGGAAGCUGGUCAAGGUGGACUCUAAUGGAAGUGAAGUGCUGCUGGUCAACAGGGAAUGCACAGUUGGCCGAAGAAAAGGAUGUGAUCUGUCCUUUCCAGCCAACAAACUGGUCUCAGGGGAGCACUGCAAGAUUGUGCAAGAUGAAAGCUCAGGGUUGGUGUGGCUUGAGGACAUGAGCACCAAUGGCACGGUGAUCAACAUGUCCAAACUGGUCAAGAAGCAAAGUCAUAUGCUGCAGAGUGGAGAUGUCAUCUACUUUGUGUACAGGAAAAAUGAGCCAGAACAAAACAUCGCUUAUGUUUACCAUUCAAUCAAACCAGAGCGAGCUGUUUCGCAAGUCAGAUAUGACAUGGAGAGUUCAGCCCAUCGUCCUGGUUGUCCAUCCUCAGACCUGCCGCUGUCUGUGGAGCCAGUUAUGCUAACUGGAGCCCCGAGGGAUCCGACUCAGGAGGAGCCACAGCCUUCCACCUCCACCUCCCAAAUAUCUGGUCCCGUGGCAGCCACUGCCUCUGCUGCUUCAGGCCAAGCUAAAGACGCUGCCCCAGCACAGGAGAAAGGCAUGGACAGCCUGGAGCCAGACAGAAAGAGGAGGAAAACUGGUAAUGAUAAGGAUUAUGAUCUGGGCCUUCCACACAUGUCCAGCACUGAAGUGGUGGGUCCAGCAAGGGGAGGUCUUGGGGAGCUGUUGCCUAAAGCUCCAGUGGAAGGGACCAAGACAGAUAAGAUGGAGGAGUCGCUGACGUGUAUUAUCUGCCAGGAUCUGCUGCAUGACUGUGUCAGCCUGCAGCCCUGCAUGCACACCUUCUGUGCUGCCUGCUAUUCAGGCUGGAUGGAGCGAUCAUCUCUUUGCCCCACCUGCCGCUGCCCGGUGGAGAGGAUCCGCAAGAAUCACAUCCUCAACAACCUAGUGGAGGCCUACCUCAUCCAGCACCCAGAAAAGUGUCGCAGUGAGGAGGACCUGAAGAGCAUGGACAGCCGGAACAAGAUAACUCAGGACAUGUUGCAGCCAAAGAUCGAGCGCUCUUUCUCUGACGAGGAAGGCAGCUCAGAUUAUCUCUUUGAGCUCUCUGACAAUGACAGUGACGCCUCAGACAUUAGUCAGCCUAUGGUGAUGUGCAGACAGUGUCCGGGCUACAGGAAGGAUGUCAGUCAGGUGCUGUUAGCUACAGGUUCAAACUACUGGGUUACUGGUCCACCAGUCCCACCUGUUCUUCCUUUCCCACCAAUACUGGCCCCUGAUGAAGGCUGUGGGAAGCCUGGGGAGCAGCCCUCAACUUCCUCUGAAAACCCCUCAGCUCCGCAGGAGUACCACUGCCCCCCUCAGGGCUGCCAUGUCAUCUGUACCUGCUGCCUCCAGCCGAUGCCGGACAGGCGGGCCGAGCUAAAUAGCCAGCAGGUUGCUGCUCAGCAAUGUGUGCUGUGCCAGCGACCCUUCUGUCAUAUGUACUGGGGUUGCCAGAGGAUCGGCUGUCAAGGCUGCCUGGCGCGGUUCAGUGAGCUCAAUCUGACAGACAAAUGCCUGGAUGGGGUGCUGAACAACAAUAACUAUGAAUCUGAGAUCCUCCAGAACUACUUGUCUUCCAGAGGGAAGUCGUGGAGAGAUGUGCUCCAGGAGGGACUGCAGGGCCUUCAGCAGGGAACCUACUAUCUGUCUGACUGUCGCAUCACUGCAAACACCAUCCUGUGCUUCUGCUGCGGCCUGCGAGCCUUCAAGGAGCUGGCCUACAAAUACAGACAGAACAUCCCUCCAUCCGAACUGCCAGCUGCUGUAAUGUCUCGUCCCGACUGUUACUGGGGACGCAACUGCCGCACACAGGUGAAGGCACACCAUGCCAUGAAAUUUAACCACAUAUGUGAGCAGACGCGCUUCAAGAGCUGAGGGGGCGGCGAGACUCAUUUCCUCGCAAGGCUGGCAAAAACAGACAACUGAUAAUCCCCCCUGUGUUGGAGAAAGAUAUUUCUUAGAGCCUAUAUUUCACUUGAAGCAAUGGGAUCCUGUGGGGGAAACACUCUCUCUUUUACAUUUGUACUGUAUGUUUUAGCUAAACGCCUCCCAGGUGUUUUGCCUGUUAUGCAUCAACUUGUUUGACGAAAACACAAUCAUAACCAAUUACAAAUUAUGACCAGUGUCUUAUAAGACAUGGGGGUGUGUUAAAUAAUGCUAUGCACUCUCAACAGUUUUAGCUGCUCUUUAACAACCAUCCACCAGGUUUUAGAGUCAUUUAUUUGUUUGGAUGGUGAAGUAGUAAAAGGCUGAAUUCAUCUGACCACCAGGCAGUGAGACGGGAAUGAAGACGUUCAGGUCAUGUUUGGAGUAGCACCCCCCCCAUUCUACCAUCUUAGCCUUUUGGCUACAGAGAGAUGUUUCAUAUCAAAUUUGCUGCAGACAUAAGAGCGAGUUAAGCAAUCUGUAUUGGUAAAGGCCAUAAAUGUUCUCUUAGGCAUGCUUGUGAGCUGUUUUUCUAUUCCUUCUGAGCUUCCUGUGCCUCGAUAGUUUAGACUGAAAAACCUGGUGUAGAUUUUUCUUUGUUACUUGUGAUGUAAGAAUUUUUUCUUUGAAAUGCCGAUUUUAGAAGCUAGGACUUUGUACAACUUUGCAAGUUUGUCAAAAAAAAAAAAAAAACUAGGGUCAAGCACACUUUUGAUUUCUAUGCAUCGCGCCGGCUUAGAGGUUUGUUGGAUGUACAUAUACGAACAGUGCACAGUAAAACACUGUAACAACAGUUUGGACCAACACACGAGCUACGUGCCAGGUCCAAACUGCUAAUUUUUAACAUUGCUAACAGAAGAGUUUCACUUCUGAGGGAUUUAUUGUUCUGUUUUGCCAGGGUAACAGAGUGUUCCCAGGCAAGGGCAAAAAGCCAUGUCAAAGCCCCACAUACAUAAUAGAGUAGAUUGGGAAUCCCAUGUGAUAGUUGUAUAGGAUUUCAUGUCUGGGGAAGGGGAUCAGAGUAAUGUGUUGUAGCACUAUCGGAGGGCAUGGGGGCCUCUGUUGUAUGCUUUUCUCUGGAUAAUCAACUCCAAGCUGAUUAUAGUAGUGUGUUAGAGACGCUUUCUCAGACCCAAGUAGUGAGGGCUGAGGUUGUUGUUAUGGAAUGCACUGUUACUCUGUCGAGUGUAGAAUAGUUAAGAAGAAGCAGACCGGGCCCUCGAUGUCCAACAUGGAUCGUUUAUUUACUAACUUGAUCAUGCAUGUGGUAGCAUUGGCUCGUAGACGGCAAGCAACAACAUUUUCACUUGCAAAGUUACACUUGUAGAACUAAUGGUUCAGGAAUUCAUACGUGCCAAUACGCUAAACACAAACAGCAUGUUCUGUUCUUAGGUUGGUUUCCUUUGUGUCCCAAUUACAUAAUAAUGUCCAGGUUCAUGUCGAAAUUUUGGUUGCCAUAACAAAGAGUUACCCUACAAGAUCUAGGCUAGAUCUUAAGAGGUUUAUUUCAGGGUUUUUUUUUUCAGCUAGGAUAUUAGUGGAUCAAGAUGUUUUAGUCAGAUGUGACCAAAUGCACUCAAAGUUUAAUUGAUCAGUUUUCUGUGGUUCCAAAGCUACAGGUAUCUAGUGAUUACGUUUUUUUUUUUUUUUUCUCUCCACAUGUUCACCGUGUUCAGUAAUUAGAAAAACAACUGUUAAGCAUAAUUGCUAUGUCACUGUACAGAGAUGAAAUUUGAUGACAUCCAAGUAAUUCUUUGACUAUCAACACCCAAGUGUCAAUAACUAAUGCCUUUUCAUCAUGCAAACAAACACGCCCAGCUCCUGUUAAUCGCUUGUCUUUUGAUGAAUCAGCCUUCGGUUUUCAAUCUUAGUAAGUUUAGCUAGAACAGCCUGAUAAUAUUUUCAAGAGGCCUUAUGAGAAUAAUUCAGUUAUCUUGACUCUUUGGUUAAUGAUUUGUUUGGAAAAAAAAUACUGGGGGAAAUGUUAUAAAUAAAUGUCUAACAGGCCUUACCUGGCAUCCAGUACGUUCUGUAUAGAAAAAUACAGUAUCUACAGUAUGUAUCAUGUUUGAUAGAUUAUAGCAAGGCUUCCAAUUUUUAAAUAUUUUUGAUUAUUGUGAGUGAUGUCAUUAUUGAAUUAGAUGGAGAAUACCUAGGUAAUAUGUCUACAUUUUUUUUGCUAGAUGUGUGUUUACAUGUAGAGCUAUGAGGGUAUUUGCACAUAACCCAUCACACACAUUAAUAGGGUUCUCCUCACAUGCAAGUCUAUGAGAUUCUGAUUGGACCACAGAGAUUUAAACAAAUCUUUGUAACUCAUCGUCCAUGAAGAGAUGCCCUUAUCCAGUAUGUAAACCUACCCAUACUCAAGCUCUCAACUUUCAGAUUUGCAAUCACAUAUGAAGAAUUUCAUUUCAAGAUAAAUUAUCCGUCAUUUGACAGAAAAGUCACUGAAUGAACUCAAAUUGGAGAACCAAAGCAAUGGUAGUUUAACUAGUUGAUGGACAAAAGGGUUCUCUUGGAGACUAUUCUAGGAAAAAAUGUUAGAUAAAUUUUGGAUAUAGCAGGUUAGCCCUAGUAAUGAUGGAUAGUGUUUUGGAAUACAACUCUUCAUAUCUUCAGUACUAAUGUUGGUGGCAAUAUUUACUGUCCUGAGCCAUUGCGGGAUGGGGUUAAGAGUGGGCACUCUCUUGCCUUCGGCUUUAGCUCCUGAAUCAAUGUGCGGUGUUAGCCAGGUGGUUUAGGUGUUUUGUCCCCCAAGUCAUGGUGGGUUCACACUGGCAUUCCUUAGCAGCUCAGGCCCUCAGCACAAGCCCAGCCGAUUCCCCCCACAGUGCAGCUGAGUUUUAAUUAUUCCCUACAGGAGGAGAUCCGGGCACCCUAAGCCAACAAUAGUCUCAAGCCGCUCCGAUCAGGAAUGGGUGUUAAAGAGGCUUUGGAGUAGUGCUUUGCAUUCUCCCCAGGGGGGGAAUACGUUGUAUUCUAGGGCAAAUAUUUACUCACUUUGUGUGCAGAAGUCUGGACCAAGCUGCUCUGCUCUUAACAGUAUGACCGAUGUAAUGGGCAGAUUUAAUUCUACCUCAUCAAAGCUCCCAGGACUAUGGGGGAAUGAAUGGGCAUGCAGAGUAACAUUCACAAUGGUUUAAAGCAGGGCAUGCAAUUCUCAACACGGAGGAUCUCAGUCCAUAUUGAUACCUGGGAAACCAUGAGUGUAUGCACUGCACUAUUUGAACGUUUUUGUCUAGAUCUUAAUUGAUUUCAUAGUUUAACCACCAUAAGGUAGCACUAGGGAGAUGCAAAAAACAAGGAGUUUUGCAAGGACUUGAGUUUGGCACUUGUUCAGUGUCCCUGUACAUUGUAUUAGCAAUGCUAAAAAAAAUAUUUGAAAUGUGUAUGGAUCUAACUUGUCUGUUAAUCUGCACUAAUAAAACACUGAUAUAGCUUUG